AUUUUUUCCCGCCGUUCGGGUACGUGGAGAAGAGGCUCCUUCUGUGAACUAUCAAAGAGUGACAUCUGACGCGUCGUUUUGACUUAUCCUGAAUUCUUCGUCUUCAGAAUCUUCCCGAUUACCGAUUCGCAAAGUAACUCUUUCUUUCUCUUCCACCACCAUUAAUGGAGCUUCGUCCUCGCAGAGGAAGUUCAACAUCCUAUGCCGAUGGUUCAGACAAUGAAGAACACGGCGGAAUGGGGAGUGAUAGCGAGAGCGGUGGUAGUUCUUUGGAGGAGUUGUCUUCAGAUUUUGAUAAUGGCAGCAGCAGUGACGAUGCGGAAGAGGACUGUGUUGCUGAAGUGUUGUCUAAUAUGGGUGCUACUAGCAAGAACAACAAUUCUUUAAUAAAAAAGAGGAAGCUGGGAGCAAAGAAGAAUGCCAAUGAAUCUAGUUUUGGCGUAGAGGCACUGAAUUUGGAAGAAAAUGGGUUGGAAAAUGAAGGCAAUUUUGAGGAACAAUUUAUUAACCAAGAAGCAUUUCAAGUUGAUGAUCUUGGGUUGGAAAUGAAGAAGAAACCCAAAAAGAAGUCAAGAAAGCAAACAUUGAUGUGGAAUGUUUGGGAAGAGCAGAAUGAGAAAUUUAUUGAUGAGAAUUUAUCAAGCCAAUUUGAUAUUGAUAAUCAGAAUGAAGUGAUGACAGAAACUGCAGAAGCACCUCCUGAUUUGAUUAUAGAUUUGCUUAGAUACCAAAAGGAAUGGUUGGCCUGGGCCUUGAAUCAGGAAAAAUCUGAAACUAGAGGAGGUAUACUUGCAGAUGAGAUGGGUAUGGGAAAGACUAUUCAAGCAAUUGCCCUUGUCCUUGCCAAACGAGAGCUCUACAAGACAAAUAAUGAAUCAAGUGGAUCCUCUCUGUCUCCAGGUUCAUCGACAGGCUUGCCCAAAAUUAAAGGCACCCUUGUAAUUUGCCCUGUAGUUGCUGUGUGCCAGUGGGUAAGUGAGAUAGAGAGAUAUACUUCGAAAGGAAGCACGAAGGUGCUGGUUUAUCAUGGGGCUAAUAGAGACAAGAGUUUAAAACAAUUAUCCGAUUAUGAUUUUGUCAUAACAACAUACUCCACCAUUGAGGCUGACUACAGGAAGUGCAUCAUGCCUCCCAAACAGAAGUGCCCUUACUGCAGCAAAUCGUUUUAUGAGAGGAAAUUAGUUUCGCACUUGAAAUAUUUUUGCGGGCCUGAUGCUCUUAAAACUGAGAAGCAGUCUAAGCAACAAAAGAAAAAAUCAACUAGAGUUCCAUCAAAAUCUAAAAACGAGGGAACAGAGCAUUACAAGGAAGAGGGUCUUUCUAAAAAGAAAUUACUUUUGCAUUCUGUCAAGUUUGGAGCAGAGCAACAGAAUAAAGAGAAUCUGCCUAGGAAAAAAUCAGUUUUGCAUUCAGUGAAGUGGGACCGCAUUAUUUUGGAUGAGGCACAUUAUAUAAAAGGUAGACUUUGUAAUACGACUAAGGCGGUUCUUGCUUUGGAGUCCUUGUACAAAUGGGCUUUGAGUGGCACACCUGUUCAGAAUCGUAUUAGUGAACUAUACUCUCUGGUCCGAUUUCUCCAAAUAAGUCCAUACUCAUAUUACUUAUGCAAGGACUGUGAUUGCAGGAUACUUGAUCAUAGUUCCUCUACACAUUGUUCAGAGUGCCAACACAGUUCUACGAGACAUUUCAGUUGGUGGAAUAAAUAUAUUGUGAAGCCAAUACAAUCAUUCCGCCAUGAAAUUGGAAGAAGGUCCAUGGUACUGCUAACACACAAAAUUUUGAGGAAAAUAGUGCUGCGUCGGACUAAAAAGGGCAGGGCUGCUGAUCUUGCACUUCCUCCUAGAAUUGUUUCACUUAGAUGGGACACUUUCGAUAUCAGAGAGCAAGAUUAUUACGAAUCACUUUACAGUGAAAGUCAAGCACAAUUUAACACAUAUGUUGAAGCGGGUACUCUUCUGAAUAAUUAUGCUCACAUAUUUGAUCUUCUUACACGGUUACGACAGGCAGCUGACCAUCCUUAUCUCGUGGUAUAUUCUGCAACUGCUGCAUUGAGAAAUGCAAUGAAUGCAAAUGUUGAUAAUGGUGAACAAGUAUGUGGCAUUUGUCAUGACCCAGCAGAAGAUCUUGUGGUUCCCACUUGUGAGCAUGUUUUUUGCAAGACUUGUUUGAUUGAUUGUUCUGCUUCCUUGGGACAAAUGUCAUGCCCUUCGUGCUCGAAACCACUUACUGUUGAUUUCACUGCAACUCCAGAUGCUGGAAGUCAAAUUAAUAAAACUACUGUUAAGGGCUUCAGGUCCUCUAGUAUUAUACAAAGAAUUCCACUUGAAAAUUUUCAGACAAGCACAAAAAUUGAGGCUUUGAAGGAAGAAAUAAGAUUCAUGGUUGAAAGGGAUGGUUCUGCAAAAGCAAUUGUUUUCAGCCAGUUUACUUCAUUUUUGGAUUUGAUAAGUUACUCUCUUAAUAAGUCUGGCAUAAAUUGCAUUCAGUUAGUUGGAAGCAUGUCCUUGGCUGCAAGGGAUGCUGCUAUCAAAAGAUUUACGGAGGAUUCAGAUUCCAAGAUUUUCCUCAUGAGUUUGAAAGCUGGAGGUGUUGCUCUCAACCUUACAGUUGCAUCACAUGUUUUCUUGAUGGACCCUUGGUGGAACCCAGCUGUAGAGCGGCAAGCACAAGAUAGAAUCCACCGUAUUGGGCAGUACAAGCCAAUAAGAAUUGUAAGAUUUGUUAUUGAGAAUACUAUUGAGGAGAGGAUUCUGAAGCUGCAAGAAAAGAAGGAUCUAAUGUUUGAAGGUACUAUCGGUGGUUCAGCUGAGGCUCUGGGAAAAUUAACUGAGGAAGACUUGAGAUUUCUUUUUGUAUCUUGAGAGGAUUAUCCCAAAGAUGAGGCAAAGAGUAUAGUAAUUGAACCUUGAUAGUUUAGAUUUCUGUUAAUAAUGGUAUUCCUAAACGAGAAGCCUUCUAUCUUCAGACUGUUGGCCUUUUUGAUACGUGGUUAAGGGCUGUAUUUAAAGUGGUGAAUAAUGUAGAAAUGGUUUAGCUCCUAAAUAGCAGACAAGAGGUUUUAGUAAA